AUGCAGCCAAAGCAGAAGAGCGGCUCAGGCCCUCCGGGCUUUUCACGGCCCCUGACGGUGGGAGAGGUGCCGCUUAUGGCUUGCUCUAACCAUAAUAGACACCCAGAUGCUCCGGCAAACCGAACUUAUAGGAUGGUUGUAGGUGGAUCCGAUAAGCAAGCUCGUGGAUAUCACGCUCUUCGCAUGUUGCGGCUCAAGCGCGUGUAUAUGAAGCAACGGUGGCAGCAACUAGCACUCAUCGGCAUCACCGCUCUGGUUGGGUUGUCUCUGAUUUUCUGGAACCAGGUAACGUUUCCGGCGCUGAUAUACAUCCAAAACGCACGCCUUCCCGUGUAUUACACACCAACGAAGGAGGACGAGACUCGGUGUGUCGCAACAUCGUUACCUUCGUUGUACACAGACAACGACUUGUCCAGUUGGAAAGCACCCGAGAGAGCUGAAUUGCUUCAAGAGGCAUGGGGUACAUCCCUGCCACUGACAUCGCGGAGGGUCAGUUACAAGACAUACGAAGCAAACAUGUGCAUCAUGGAGAUUGUGUCCAAGGCACUGUCAAAUAGCCACAUAGAUUAUGCGAUUGUCGGGGACACACUGGUCGGUUCGUAUCUCUUUCACGACGCUGCUUUCUGGAGUAAUUCUCUGGAAGUGGCUCUUCCCAGGGCUGAUGCAGAGAAGGUGCAGGGCUUGCUUCAACAAGUGAACUUGGUCGACGCCUUCGACAACAACCUUGCUUACACCCCAUCUCCACUACGAGAGUGGCUGGACAAUUCAAAAGCACGACUUGAGCUGGAAGAAGUCCGCAACAAAAGCAGUGAGGGGCGUAUCUUUCUGAGUUCACCGUCGGGCUCUUUGACGGGCCAGUUCGCCUCGAUCCAGAUCAGCGUGAGGUGGUGGACAGUUGAGGAACGCAUGCCAGAUGACAAUUCGAAAGAUUUUGAAAACAGCUCAUCGGUGGUCGCUUUGGAUGCUCCCGUCGCGGAUGGCUCAGCGGACACGGUCCGCGUACCGGACUCAGAAUGGUUCCCGUUAACCGUUCGGCCGCUGGGGAUGCUUGCUGUUCCCGCUCCUGUCAAUCCCAUGUUUUACAUCAACGCUCAGUACAAUGCAGCAGAACCACCCUGCGGCAACCGCAACUCGGCCAGCAGCUCAGGAUUUCUGUCUUUGAGGAAUGCCGUCGCAGGAUCAUGCUCGAUCCUCCGAAACUCUUAUUUUCACAUCGAGAGGGAUCAGGUUAAAGAAGACUGUUUUAGAGAACUACUGUUUUUCCGUGGGAAACCCCGGUCUGUUGCAUAUGUGGGAGGAAAGUUCUCACCAGCUGAGAACUUUUCGUCGUGGUUUUUGGUUUAG